UCCUAUAAAUGCUCUGCACUGGGUUCUCUGCACUAAACACUUGAAUGAAGCAGCAUCAGUGUGUUAUCACUGACAGAGGAGAAAUCACAAACACAAAUAGCAGACUUACAGCAGAGACCAUCUUCAAAUCUUGAAAAUAAUCCAAGGUGUUGCAAAUAUGGGCGGGGAAGAGUCAAAACCAGUAGCAUCAUCGUCUCGACCAGGUGUUGUUAAUAUGUGCCGGUCAGAGUGGGUAGCACCCUCACAGGCUGAACCAGAAUUCCAUGAACCAUGGAGAAAGAUUGAUUGGAAAUCUACAAACGAACAUACAAGUCAGAGAGAUGACCUGAAAAAGAAGCUAGAAGAAUUCUCUCUGAGUAAUGAAGAUGUGAAGUACAUCAAGAUCCUGGUUGCUGGAGAAAUUGGAGCAGGAAAGUCCAGCUUUAUAAACUCGGUCAAUAGUGUCUUUCAACAACGGAUCUCCUCCUUAGCACUAGUUAGUUCAUCUGUUGGGAAAAGUAAAAGUUUUACAACAAAGCUCACAUCAUACUGCAUUAAAAGUGGACACAAGUCCUUGCCCUAUGUCUUCACAGACAUAAUGGGCUUAGAAUCUGAAGUGUUGGCUGGGUCACAACCAGAGGACAUCAUCAAUGUUGUAUUUGGCCAUGUGAAAGAUGGCUAUAAAUUUGAUGAGUCGGAGCCACUCACUCAUGGGGAUGAACAUUACAUCAGUGACCCCAACCUCUCUGACCACGCUUUCUGUCUGGUUUACGUCGUAGCUGCUGAUAAAUUAUCAUUCACUGACGAGAAACUUAUUGAGAAGUUGAAGAUCAUUCGCACCAGAAUCAGUGAUAAAGGUAUUCCUCAAGUCAUUGUCAUGACCAAAAUAGAUGAAGCAUGUCGAGUGGUGAACAAAGAUCUAACAAGGGUUUAUCACAGCAAGAAGAUCAAAGAGAAGAUGCAGACGUGCAGUGACUUGAUUGGUGUACCAAUGUGCAACAUCUUACCAGUGAAGAACUACCAUGAAGAGAUGGACACAAAUCCUGAUGUUGAUGUUCUGAUUCUAAAAGCACUGGAACAGAUUGUUAAUCUUGCUCAGGAUCGAAUUGAUAGCAGCAGUAGCUGCAUACAAGGUGUUGCAAAUAUGGGCGGGGGAGCGUCAAAACCAGUAGCAUCAUCGUCUCCACCAGUGUCAAGACCAGUAGCACCACCGCCUCAACCAGAAUUCAAUGAACCAUGGAGAAAGAUUGAUUGGAAUCAGAGAGAUGUCCUGAAAAAGAAGCUAGAAGAAUUCACUCUGAGUAAUGAAGAUGUGAAGUACAUUAAGAUCCUGGUUGCUGGAGAAAUUGGAGCAGGAAAGUCCAGCUUUAUAAACUCGAUCAAUAGUGUCUUUCAAGAACGGAUCUCCUCCAUGGCACUAUUUAAUUCAUCUGCUGGGUAUAGUAAACGUUUUACAACAAAGCUCAAAUCAUCCUGCAUUAAAAGUGGACACAAGUUCUUGCCCUAUGUCUUCACAGAUGUAAUGGGCUUAGAUUCUAAAGCGUUGGGUGGGUCACUUCCAGAGGACAUCGUCAGUGCUGUAUUUGGCCAUGUGAAGGAUGGCUAUAAAUUUGAUGAGUCAAAGCCAAUCGCUCAAGGGGAUGAACAUUACAUUAGUGACCCCAACCUCUCUGACCAGGCUUUCUGUCUGGUUUACAUCAUAGCUGCUGAUAAAUUAUCAUUCACUGACGAGAAACUUAUUGACAAGUUGAAGAUCAUUCGCAGCAGAAUCAGUGAUAGAGGUAUUCCUCAAGUCAUUGUCAUGACCAAAAUAGAUGAAGCAUGUCCAGUGGUGAAAAAAGAUCUAACAAGGGUUUAUCACAGCAAGAAGAUCAAAGAGAAGAUGCAGAUGUGUAGUAGCUUGAUUGGUGUACCAAUGUGCAACAUCUUACCAGUGAAGAACUACCAUGAAGAGAUGGACACAAAUCCUGAUGUUGAUUUUCUGAUUCUGAAAGCACUGGAACAGAUUGUUAAUCUUGCUCAGGAUCGAAUUGAUAGCAGCAGUAGCUGCAUACAAGGUGUUGCAAAUAUGGGUGUGUCAGAGUCAAAACCAAAAACACCACCACAGCCUGAACCAGAAUUAAAUGAACCAUGGAGAAAGUUUGAUUGGAAUCAGAGAGAUGUCUUGAAAAAGAAGCUAGAAGAAUUCACUCUGAGUAAUGAAGAUGUGAAGUACAUUAAGAUCCUGGUUGCUGGAGAAAUUGGUGCAGGAAAGUCCAGCUUUAUAAACUCCGUCAAUAGUGUCUUUCGAGAACGGAUCACCUCCAUAGCACCAGUUAGUUCAUCUGCUGGGCAAAGUAAAAGUUUAACAACAAAGCUCAAAUCAUUCCGCAUUAAAAGUGGACACAAGUUCUUGCCCUAUGUCUUCACAGACAUAAUGGGCUUAGAAUCUGAAACGUUGGGUGGGUCACUUCCAGAGGACAUCGUCAGUGCUGUAUUUGGCCAUGUGAAGGAUGGCUAUAAAUUUGAUGAGUCGGAGCCAAUCGCUCAAGGAAAGGAACAUUACAUCAGUGACCCCAACCUCUCUGACCAGGCUUUCUGUCUGGUUUACAUCAUAGCUGCUGAUAAAUUAUCAUUCACUGACGAGAAACUUAUUGACAAGUUGAAGAUCAUUCGCAGCAGAAUCAGUGAUAGAGAUAUUCCUCAAGUCAUUGUCAUGACCAAAGUAGAUGAAGCAUGUCCAGCGGUGAAGGAAAAUCUAAGAAAGGUGUUUCACAGCAAGAAGAUCAAAGAGAAGAUGCAGACGUGCAGUGACUCGAUUGGUGUACCAAUGUCCAACAUCUUCCCAGUGAAGAACUACCAUGAUGAAACUGAAACAAAUCCUGAUGUUGAUGUUCUGAUUCUGAAAGCACUGGAUCAGAUUUUUUGUCUUGCUGAGGAUCGACUUGAUAGCAGUAGCUGGUGACAUUAAGCCUGUACUAUCUGAAAAUAUCUUGAGAAGAAAUUGCUCUUUUCUCUGUGUUAAAAUAAAAGAGCUAUUAAUUAUUGUUAUUGCAUCACCAAUUUGAGAAUCACAGAGCUAAUGUUUUGCGAUAAUCUAAAAGUCAAUGGAAAAAGUUUUUUGUUGCAUUUAACAUAAUAUUGGGAACUAAUAUUGUGCUUUUAGAUACACACUUUACCUUAAAAAAAUUCUGAUGUCAAUAACUGUACUAUUGUUGGCAAAAAUAUUAAAUUCUUAGAUUGCAAUACACAAUUACCUUUUCCUCCCACAUUUUUUUCACUAAAAAUAAAAAUCUAUGACCUUUUAAA